CUCCACCCCGGUGGUGUUGAGCCACGCACUGUUUCUGAAUUACGUUCCGUUUUUCACUUUUUUAGUGGCUCUGCAGUUCGCAAUUGCGCGCGCAACAGUUGUCACGACGACGUUUUCACCGAUAGUUCGUUAUCACUAGUCGUCCGCGUUUUUUAUCAGUCUCACAGUUACGUGAACGAAAUAAUUUCCAUUGCCCAGCGAUUCGGGCAUUUGAAUAAUCGAAAACGGUUUUCGCACGGCUCGGUCGCUGUAAAAAUUCCUGAUCAUUUUUCUGCUCAUCGCCGCGGGCUGUUUGCGCGAUCAGUUUUUGCACAAUCAACAAGCGAUUUUUUUUGUCUGGUGAAAUUUUGUGCAAUAAAUGAGUUUUUUGACCGAAGUAGGUCGCAUCGAUACAUUUUUUUUUUCUUCGCGACAUACUAAUUGUGUGCAAUAUUCCGCAUUACCUUAUAAAUAACACCAAACGGUUUAUAAUUAUUGUCAACGCGUUGUCCCCGUCUUUGUCGAGAAAAAUAUAACAGUGGACCUAUCUAUUUCGAUGCAGCCAUUUCAAAAUAUGUACAUCCGAUAAAACCGCAUAAAAUGUAUUAUGACACUCCAAGCUAAAGUUCAACAACUAGAGGCGUCGAACUACCACGAUGCCGUCUAUGCAAAUGUUUGGACGUAGAUGGCUUGCCGGUACAGACGAUUUGGUAUUUCCAGGAUUAUUGGAGCUUUUAAUGCGAGGAAUAUGGCUAACAUUGAUGAGUUGUGUAUUGUGCCGCUACUAUCAAUGGACAUUCAAUUGUUUGACCGGCGGUCUUUUGGUCAGAGUUUACCUAAUUGGGAUAGUAGUAAUGCAUUCCAUAAUCAUUCUGCUUGUGAUGGUUUUGGUGAAUCGGAGUGCCCAAGGUGCUAUAUACGACACAAAAGCUAGACGUGUCGUUCCACAUCUUCUAGUUGCUAAGAUUAUUUUACUCUUACCUGAGAUUGCAUUAAAUGUGCUUGGAACUAUAUGGACUUAUACAAAUUGUAUACAAUGUGAUAGUGAACACUUUACGAGUACCGUAGUGGAAAUUGGAGUACUAUUCAAUUGGGUCAUGCUGGGAGGUUUGGUAUUCGUACUAGCCAUGGUGUUAGAUCCAGUUGGGUCAUUAAAACUUCAAGAAGGAGCCAAUGGUAAUGUAGAUACAGAUAUGGUGUUACACCGAAAAGUCACUCGUAUUUGGGUGAGGCGUUUUAGAUGGUUCUUUUGUUGGUUGAUUAGAGAUGAACAUUCGCAUGAAGCAUUUUCUCAAGCAGCCGGAUUGAUGAGUUCUAUGUUCAGAAACACAGAUAUUGUACCAUCAGACUUUAUUGCUGGUUUUGUGUUAUUGAGAGUAAAGCAAAAGCGUGAGUCCAGAGAACAAAGACGACUUGCACUCUUAGCUGAACAAAGAUACAAUUGCACAUCUAUUGUUAAUGAAUGUUUUACUGGAAAACCAAGUUGGAUGUGUCUUAAAAAAGCUAGGCAUUACCUCCAAUUAUCUGUUGCUAUUUAUGGUUGGCCAUUCUUGAUUUAUCGUUAUUGUAUAACAGGGUUAUUUAAAAUGAUGCCCAAGUUUUUUUGCUGUGCUUGCUUUAGAACUAAGCCAACUGUGGUCAAAGAAGAUAACUGCUGUCUGUGUAACUUUGCAGCAAUUCGAUACAUGUCAAAAUUACAUUCUAAAGAUAUUUUAUUUGCUUCAUUUGUAAACCAUAUAUUUGAACUACCAUUUUUUGUAACUGUUGAUCAUGAAACCAGUAGUAUAGUUAUUGCUAUAAGAGGAUCAUUGUCAAUGCGAGAUAUAUUUACUGAUUUGACUGCCAUAGUAGAAAAAUUAGAUGCUCAUGGUGUUCCAUCUGAUAGCUAUGCUCAUAAAGGAAUGUUAUGCAGCGCAAAAUAUAUUAAAAAAGAAUUAGAAGAUCAUAAUGUUAUAGAAAAGGCUUAUACCAAUUUUCCAGAAUACAAUCUUGUAAUUACAGGACAUAGCUUAGGUGCGGGUACUGCAGUGCUCUUAGCAUUUUAUAUGAGACCACUCUAUCCUAAUCUCAAAGUGUAUGCCUUUGCUACACCAGCUGGAUUAUUAAGUCGAGAAGCAGCACGAAUAGCUGAAGAGUUCACUUUGUCUGUAGGUGUUGGUGACGAUAUGGUUAUGCAUAUGACAAUUGAUAAUGUUGAAGAUUUACGAACAAAUAUGUUACAAGUACUACAAUCAUGUAGAUUACCAAAAUACCGGGUAUUUUUAAAUGGGUUUGGCUAUGCAUUAUUCGGCGUACCAUCAAGGGACCUUGAAUCAACGUGGCGCCAUCGGACUACUUCUGAAAUGCGUAAUUCUCCACUGUUAUCUACACAUUCACCUGUUCUGUCUAUGAUUACGCAGAAUGAUGGGUUCCCAACUGAUACCAUUAGUAAUCAUCAUCUAGUCCCUACAACGUCAUCAUAUCCUAAUGAUCAACCAAUUUCUAUUUCAUCUACUUAUAAUGAAUUAGCAGCCAGAAGGUACUCAAAAAUUCGUUUGUAUACUCCAGGGCAUAUACUACACAUAACUAAGAAAAAGAAAAGUAAAGAACAAAAAAAAGCUGAUAAAAAAUCUGGAACAAACAGUAAUGAAUAUAAUUAUGAAAUGCGAUGGGCCACUCCUGAAGAUUUUAAAGAACUGAGAGUAAUGCCCCGUAUGUUAUUGGAUCAUUUACCAGAAAAUGUUUUAAAAACUCUUGACAAUGUGCUUGAAGAACAAAAAACAGAAAUCGGAUUUGAUUUAGCUCAAUUAACUAUGAUCUAAGUACUAAAAAACAAUUAAUUACGUUAUAAAACUAGAGCUUUGUUAAGUUCAUGCUCAAAUUCCUCUGUCCAAUUAUACACUAAGUUUAGGUAUUAUUAUAUUAUUAAGUAUAGUAAACAACAAAAUUUUAAUUUAUAUUUGAGUAUUAAAUAUUUUUUAUAACAUUUACUUAAAAGGGAGUGGGGCAUAAUAUAUCCUACAAAUAUUGUAACUACAGUAUUUUAUGAAUUGAUGGUCUGAUUACUGUGUGAAUUGUGGUUGUUUAUCUAAAAUUAUUAUUAGAAUCUCCUUAAAUAUAAUCUUAACUUAUUUGAUUAAAAAGUUCAUAUCAACAAGUCAAUCUCUAAAUGUCGAAAAUAAAGUUAAACUUCUAUGGAUUUGUAUAAA